AUGACCGAAAACAAAGAGCCAUACACAAUCAAGGAAGUUCCCAUCGAGAACACAAGACCCAUGACGGUUAGAGUCAUUGGUGCUGGGUUUUCGGGAAUUCUGUCUGCCAUCAGAAUCCCAGAGAAAAUAAGAAACGUUGAUCUGGUUGUCUAUGAGAAGAGUGACGGGAUCGGAGGUGCUUGGUGGUUGAACCGAUAUCCAGGGGUCGCCUGUGAUAUCGUCUCGCAUUCAUACCAAUAUACAUUUGCACCCAACCCCAAGUGGUCCAAGGUUUACGCACCAGGUCAGGAAAUCCAAGAGUACCUACAGGGCGUGGCCGAGAGGUUCGGUGCGACGAGGUUCAUCAAGACGUCUCAUGAAGUCAAACAUUGCGCCUGGGACUCCAACAAAAAGAAAUGGAUACUCAAGGUUGCAAAGUUGCCGUCUGGAGAGGUCUUCGAGGACGAGACGGAUAUACUCGUCACUGCCCGUGGCCAACUCCACGAGCCCCUAUGGCCAGACAUCCCUGGCCUCGACACCUUCAAGGGAAAGGUGAUGCAUUCGGCGGAGUGGGACACAUCACUUGAUUACCGACACAAAAAGAUCGGUGUCAUAGGUAUCGGCUCCAGCGCCAUCCAGAUCAUCCCGUCGCUUCAGCGCCUUGAAGGUACACGGCUCUCGGUAUUUAUGAGGUCGAAGACGUGGAUCGCGCCGAAUUUCGGAAGCGACGCCAUGGUCUCGAUGGGAUUCCAAGAGAGCACGACUGACUUCCCAAAAGAGACGCAGGAGCUCUUUGAAAAAGACCCAAAAGCAUGGCUACGGUUCCGCAAAUCGGUCGAAGACAGCUCCAACAUCCACAGCGUGAUGCUGCCCGACUCGGAGCUGCACCGCGCCGUCCGGCAGGGCAUGUACGACAUGAUGCAGGCCCGGCUCGCCAAGAGGCCGGGCCUCUUCGAGCGUCUGGUUGCCGAGUUUUCCCCCGGCUGCAGGCGCAUCACGCCGGGUGCCGGGUUCCUGGAGGCCCUGACCGAGGACAACGUGGAGCUGAUCGACGACCGGAUCGUGUGCGCGACGCAGGGAGGCGUGGUGCUGGCGUCGGGUCGCGAGCUGGCGGACCUCGACGUGCUCGUGUGCGCGACGGGGUUCCGCACCUCGGAGGCGCCGCUGUUCCCAAUCGUCGGGCGCGACGGCCUCACCCUGGAGCAGCGCUGGAGGCCGCGCAUGGAGAGCUACCUCUCCGUCGCCGUCGACGGCUUCCCGAACCUGCUCAUGCAGUUCGGCCCGAGUUCCGCAAUCGGCUUCGGCAGCCUCGUCAAGAUGCUCGAGGCCGAGUGCGACUACGUCGUCAAGGUCAUCCGCAAGCUGCAGCGGGAGGACUACGCCACCAUCGAGCCCAAGGCCGAGCGCGUGCGCGACUUUACCCGGUUCGCCGGUGCCUACUUUGCCCGCACCGUACACAGGGACGACUGCAAGUCUCAGUAUCGCUCCGAGGGCGGCUGGGGCAAGGACGUGGUCGGGCUGUGGCCUGGCUCCCCGCAGCACACCGUCGAGGCGUUGCGCUCACCCAGGUGGGAGGACUUCAUAUUCGAGACUGCAGACCCGACCGGGAACCUGCUUCGCUGGCUCGGCAACGGUUGGAGUCUAACCGAAACCGACGGUGAUCCAUCGUGGUACCUCAACCCGGAGGAGAUCGAUUUCCCCGCUGAAGGCAAACCUGAAGAUAACCAGAGAUACAAGAACCGACCUUGGUCAUACUGA